AUGUCAACAGACCAGACCCCCCCCGGCCUCGAUAUCGCCAUUGUGGGCGCAGGUAUAGCUGGCCUGUCCACUGCAAUCGCGCUUCUCCUUCAAGACAACGCAAACCAUCGCGUCACAGUGUUGGAAAAGUAUGCAAAUUGCCAGCCAACGUUUAGUGGCUCUCUUCAAAUUCACACAAACGGUACCCGGGUUUUGAAAGGCUAUGGCGUCUCGGAAGCGAUUGAAGCGUGCUUGCCUGAGCUUCGGUCGGUGCACAAUAUUCACAGAUUGUCUGAUGGCUAUUUGCUAUACAAUUUGCCUGCUGCCGUGUCGCAAAAGAAUUACAAGUUGCCAGUUUGGAAUAUCAACCGCAGCGACUUGCUGGGCAUUCUCUUGGCUCGCGCAAAAGAACUGGGAGCAUUGUGCCAAUUCAGCGCCGGAGUUGCGGACAUUGACGCUGAGGCGGCUCGACCACUUCUUACAAUGGAAGAUGGAAGAACGCUUUCCUUUGAUCUAGUGAUUGCUUGCGAUGGAGUCCGUUCAAAGAUUCGGACCAAGAUUAUGGGCAACGUGGAUGUCGUCCACCCAUUGACCGCAUACAGCAUUAGUGUUGACCGGGAGAAGCUCAAGGAGCACGACGAUCUUCAUUUCUUUUUCAACAGGAGCGGAUUUUGGAUGGGCCCAAAACAGACAGUUGUGGGCAUGGAUCUUCGGUCGACGUGCAAUCUUGUCUUUUGCACUGAAAGGGACGACGGAGAGGAAGGCGUCUGGGACAAGCCACACGAUGUGGAGGACGUCAAGAAGCAAUUUUCCAAUGCUGAGCCACGAUUACACAAGUUGAUGAGCCUGGCCAGUGGCGCAUGCUUCAUAUGGCGAUUUUCGGACCUUCCAGAGCUCGACACAUGGACGAGCCGCAAUGGCAGAGUUGUCCUGCUUGGCGAUGCGGCGCACGCUAUGCUCCCUUUCGCAGCACAGGGAGCUGCUUCUUCCAUCGAGGACAGCGCAUGCUUGGCAGAAUGCAUCACGCGGAUCAGCAGCAUUUCCAAGGCAACCGCAGCAUUUGAAGCGAUUCGCAAGCCACGCACCACGUACAUUUCCAAAGCCGGUCGUCUGAACAUGAAGUUCAGUCAUCUGUCUCAAGGUCCUGAGCAAGAAGCCCGAGACGCUGCUCUGAUUAAGAUGCGCGAAGAAGAAGCGAAGAGGAUAGUGCCUGCGCCCGUGCCCGCCGCGUCCGCGCCAGAGGCAGCGCCCACACCGCAAAUGUUGCAAAGCUUUGAUCCUCCAGAAGUGGUAGCAAACCUGUUUACUCCUAUUGCACGAAGUUAUGUCAGUAGCUAUGACAUUCUUGCUCAUACAAAAGCGUACUUGAAGACCCUCAACACAGACGAUCAUGCCAAGCAUGCAAUGUAA